AUGGCAUCUUCUUAUGUUGCAACUACAGCAAAGCUAUCCCUCCCUGGCGCAGCAACAACUAGUACCCAAUCUGCCAAUGCCAAGUCCUCCUCAUCGUUAUUGCUACCCAUUCAGAAAUCUAGUUUUCAUGGAGUGUCCAUCAAAGAAGCCAAAUGGGGGGCGGGAGUCUCAAGCAGCAGCAGCAGCAGCAGCAGGAGGAGGUUGGUUGGUGGUGGAGGAAGCCGCAAACCACGAUCCAUGGAAAUAACCGCCAGAAGUACAGCUUCAAAGAGCAUAGAAGUGGAGGUGGAUAAACCCCUGGGACUCACUCUUGGUCAAAAGCCUGGCGGUGGUGUUGUCAUCACUGUGAUAGAAAGUGGUGGGAAUGCAGCAAGAGCAGGGCUGAAGGUGGGAGAUCAGGUGUUGUACACCAGCAGCUUCUUUGGGGAUGAACUCUGGCCUGCUGAUAAGCUUGGUUUCACCAAAACUGCUAUCCAGGCCAAGCCUGAUUCUGUUUACUUUGUCGUUAGCAGAGGAGCAGAUGUAGAUGUUAAAAGACUGCAAAAGAGGCCAGCGCCUCCACAAUUUGGUCGCAAAUUAACUGAUGCCCAGAAGGCCAGAGCAACUCAUAUAUGUCUAGACUGUGGAUACAUUUACACCCUACAGAAACCCUUUGAAGAACAGGGGGAGGAUUAUGCAUGCCCACAAUGCAGAGCACCAAAAAAGAGGUUUGCUCGAUACGAUGUGAACACCGGGAAACCCAUUGGCGGUGGAUUGCCUCCCAUCGGUGUCAUCAUUGGCCUUGUUGCCGGUCUUGCUGGCGUUGCCGCUUUACUUGUUUAUGGUCUUCAAUAG